CGACCUCUAGCGGUCAGUUAGCGGUGGUGCAGUGGAAAUCCGUGCUUCAAAAAAGCCGAGGACGGGUGUUCGCCGUUAUCACAGACAGGCAACAGUUCAAGGUCUUCCGGAAGUCGUUAAAGGCUGUUUACGCUUUCAGACACAAAAACAAAAGAAAACAAAAAAACAACAACAAUAACGAAUCACCUUGUCGUUCCAAUGACUUCUCGAUAACAUCCCUGAAAAUGCUCCAUGCGUGUUGGUAUGUGCUAGAAGAUGGCGGAGUCAGACGGUGGCGAGUUUACUCCGAAACAGUCGGAGAACAGUAUGGCUAACAAGAAUAGCACCCUGCGCUGUACUUUCUCCGCCCCGAGCCACAGCUCCACGCUCCUCCAGGGCCUGUCGGCUCUGCGGGCUCAGGGUCAGCUCCUGGAUGUCGUGCUGGCCGUCAACGAGGAGCACUUCCAGGUCCAUAAAGCCGUGCUGGCCGCCUGUAGCGAUUACUUCAGAGCAAUGUUUACAGGAGGCAUGAGGGAGUCAAACCAAGACACCAUCGAGCUGAAGGGUUUGUCAGCCCGAGGCCUGAAACACAUCAUCGACUUUGCCUACAGUUCAGACGUGACUUUAGACCUGGACUGUAUCCAGGACGUCCUGGGGGCUGCCGUGUUUCUGCAGAUGGUCCCUGUAGUUGAGCUCUGCGAGGAGUUCCUCAAGUCCGCAAUGAGCGUCGAGACCUGCCUUCACAUCGGGCAGAUGGCCACCACGUUCAGCUUGUCUUCCCUCAAAGAGUCCGUGGAUGCCUUCACCUUUUGCCACUUCCUCCAGAUCGCCAAGGAGGACGACUUCCUGCACAUCCCCAUGGAGCGCCUCGUCUUCUUCCUGCAGAGCAACAAGCUGAAGAACUGCAAAGAGAUCGACCUCUUCCACGCCGCCGUCAGGUGGCUCCAGCACGACGAGUCCCGCCGCGCUCAGGCCAGCUGCGUCCUCUGCCACGUGCGCUUCCCGCUCAUGCGCUCCUCGGAGUUGGUGGACAGUGUUCAGACGGUGGACUUCAUGGUGGAAGACGUGCGGUGCCGGCAGUACCUCCUGGAGGCCUUCAAUUACCAGAUCCUUCCCUUCCGACAGCAUGAAAUGCAGUCUUCGCGGACGCUCAUUCGCUCCGACGCGUUGUCCCUCAUCACCUUCGGCGGGACGCCGUACACCGACAACGACCGCACAGUCAGCACCAAGGCCUACUACCUGCCCGACGCCGCCUCCCGCCAGUUCAAAGAGCUGACGGAAAUGGAGACGGGGUGCAGCCACUCCUGCGUCGCCGUGCUCGACAACUUCGUGUACGUCGUCGGCGGGCAGCACCUGCAGUACCGCAGCGGCGAGGGCGCCGUGGACAGCUGUUUCCGCUACGACCCGCACCUGAACCGGUGGCUGCGCAUCCAGCCCCUGCAGGAGGCCCGCAUCCAGUUUCAGCUCAGCGUGCUGCAGGGGCGGCUCUACGCCACCGGGGGGCGCAAUCGCUCCGGGAGUCUGUCGUCCGUGGAGUGCUACAGCCCGAAGAACAACGAGUGGUCUCACGUGGAACCGCUGAAGCGGCGCAUCUGGGGCCACGCCGGGACGUCGUGCGGAGACAAGCUGUACGUCUCGGGCGGCUACGGCGUCUCGCUGGACGACAAGAAAACGCUCCACCGCUACGAUCCGGCGUCGGACCAGUGGGACUUCCGAGCCCCCAUGAACGAACCCAGGGUGCUGCACGCCAUGGUCGGCACCCAGCGUCGCGUUUACGCUUUCGGCGGCCGCAUGGACCACGUGGACCGCUGCUUCGACGUGCUGGCGGUGGAGUAUUACAGUCCGGAGAGCGACCAGUGGACCACCGUCAGUCCCAUGAGGGCGGGGCAGUCGGAGGCGGGCUGCUGCCUGCUGGACGCCAAGGUCUACGUCAUAGGGGGCUAUAACUGGCAUCUGAACAACGUCACAAGCAUCGUUCAGGUGUACAACACGGAGACGGACGAGUGGGAGAGGGAUCUGCACUUCCCAGAGUCGUUCGCUGGCAUCGCCUGUACGCCGAUCAUACUUCCGCAGAACACCACACAACGCUGAGCUCCGGACCCGCAAACUGUGAAGAUCGGUAGUCCAUGUCCUCCUUCCUUCUUCCACCUGGUGAAUUGAGUGAAGGUGUGAACAUCUUUGCAUAUGGAUGAAGUUUUAUUUUUUAGCGUUUUCUUUUAGGUUUCGGCUGACAAACUCGGAACCUUUUGUUGUUAUGAACAUCUUUAAGGAUCUUUCAUGGUCGAGUUUCAUUUAAGCUGCUAGUUUUUUUAGAUAAGGUGUUAGUCAGAGUAAUUUCCUGCUUUUAAAAGUAUGGUGAUCCAGUCAGAACACGGCCUGUGAAGCUCUGUAUUUUCCAGGUUAAGUACGGAAAAUAUUAUGGUUAAACUUUUUUAGCUCUAGACUUUAUUCUUUAUUCCUCUGUCAAAAUGUGUUUUGUGUGUCCUCCUUCCCUCCCUUGUGUCCUUCGUCUCUUUUUUUACGUCCUUUCCUUUUUGCUUAUUUAUGUCCUUACCACCUUAUACCAUCCAUUUUUUUCUCUUUCUUCUUUAUGCCCUUACUUUUAUACCUCCUUGUGGCCUUCCAUGUGUCCUGCCUCCUUUCCUUUUCUCCUACUCUCCUUUCAUUUAUUGUUCUGUCUCCCUUCCCUCUGUCCUUCCUCCAUUCCUUUCUUGUGUGCCUCUCUCCUUGUUUCUUUCCUUUUUGUUCUGCAUCAAUCCAUUCCUUUUUAUUUAUCCUUCCCUCAGUAAAUUAAUUCUUCCUUCCGCUCCUUGAGUUCCACCUACAUGGCGCCCUUCCCUCCUUUCUGUGUUUUUCAGGUAGUUUAUGAAAUCCUACUCACCGAACAAAUCUUUGCUGUACAUUGGUACUGAUUGCAUUUAUAUUUUAAAAUGCCGAUAGUAUUAAAAGUAAUUUUUUUUUUUUUAUGUAUGACGUGUAGGAACCUUUAUUCUUGAAUGCUUGUCCAUUUAUAAAACGUAUUAUCAGAGAACAGGUAACUGGCGUAGCAUUGCCUGAAUUAUAACAAUUUCUGAUAUGAAAACAUUUUUAACUUGUAAUGGCGAUCCGGUUACCAAUCAAGGGCUCAAGUCACAAAAGGCACAAAUAGAUGUUCUAAUAUUUUGUCCGUUUAGAAAUUCCUUAGAAAGUCAGCCUUUAAAAUGUUGGACAUUUUGAUUGUACAGAAAUAUUUUUUUCUGGUGUACUCUUGAUCAAGAUUUUAUUUCAUUUGAACAGUUCAUCUUUAAACCAUAUAUAUAUAUAU